GAAAUAAUUAAAAAUAUUUACUUUUGAUUAUUUUAUUAAAAUACUACUUUGAUACAAGCUAGGAUAGGAUAUAUACAGUCAUAACAGCAUAUUUUUCUGUAUUAGCUCCAUUAUAAGAAGAGAAAAAAAAAACAGUGAUGGCGGGAGGCGGUUCGGUGCAGAAAACCGAGGAAGAAUGGAGGGCUGUUCUCUCCCCCGAGCAGUUUCACAUCCUUCGUGGCAAGCGAACAGAGCCGAAAUUCAGUGGAGAAUAUGAUAAGUUUUUUGAGCAAGGAGUUUACAAUUGUGCUGGUUGUGGGACACCUCUUUACAAAUCCACCACCAAAUUCAACUCUGGCUGUGGCUGGCCUGCUUUCUAUGAAGGUCUACCUGCUGCGAUAAAUCGAUCUCCGGACCCAGAUGGGAGGAGAACUGAGAUCACAUGCGCAGCUUGUGGGGGGCAUCUGGGUCAUGUAUUCAAGGGCGAGGGUCACAAGACUCCAACAGACGAACGCCAUUGUGUCAACAGCAUCUCUAUCAAGUUUGUUUCUUCUCAGUGAUCUCCUCUCUGAGUUAAUUAAUAAAGGCUUUUAUUAUCCAUUGUAAACCCAGCCCCUAUGCCUGCCACCAAAACCAGUCUAAGCACAAAA